GGUUCAGCAGCUCGCCCGCACUUUGGCACGCGCCGCCAAUGCGCAGUUCAAGGUCGAGCUGAUGCCCAGCGAACCCACGUGCACCUGGCUGCCGAGGCACCCUGGCCGGGCCCUCACGAGGUUCACCGCGGGGGAAGAUGGGGGGGGCCACUGCGGCCAGAUCGCUGAGUUCGCGGAGACCGCGACGCACGGGCUGCCCGCGGGAGCUGCAGGCAAGAUGGAGGCCGGGCGGGACAGCGGCAUCUGGCCGGGCGCGGCUAACGCCAGCGACGAGCGCAUGAUCGGCGCGCCCAGAGGCAGGGCCCUCGCGCGUUCGAUCGCGAAGAGGCCCGACGAGAAGAGAUGGAACGAGCACCUCUUCGGCAAGACCGCGCGCGCCCCUUUCGACCCGAAGGCGACCCUUCUGGCGACGGAGCCCGUCUCAAGGCUGAGGUGCCGGGCGAUGCCCCCCCGUCUGGGGCGGGCGCUUGGUUGCCCCGCCUUCGACGAGACGGGCCAGCAGCGCGCGGCCGAGGGCAGGGUUCGCGUGGAGGCGCUGCUGGGCGCGGAGGACAUUGCGAAGGGCCUGGCAGCUCAGAAGGCACGCACUAUCGGAGGUUUGCCCGCACGCGCCACGCCGCCCGCGGUCCGCGCCGCGGACCUGAGCGAGCGCGCGGCCGAGCACAUCGACGAGAAGGGCCUGGCCAACAUCAAGGGGGCGUUGUCGGGGCAGUUGCUGCCUGCAGGAGAAGCGAAGGAAGGGCGCGCUCGGUGGCGAGCAAGCACGAAGGAUCACAACGCGUUCAAGCGAGCCUACGCCCACGAGGCCAGAGGCAAUCGCGCGCGGGGCAAGCGCCCCCAGGACCGGGGGACGGGGGCGGGCACCGCGAGGUGCAGGUUCGUGGCCGCGGAGCUGCGCGCCAGGUUCGCGACGACGCGCUCGCAGGACGUCUACGUGGUGCGACCUGCUGGCGAGGGCGAGCCGAACGUGGCAUGGCAGCUGGUGAAGGCGAUGUAUGGCACGAGGCGCGCGAGCAACCUGUUCCAACACAUGGCCAUAGGGGCGCUGAUCGCCAAGGGCUCCUGCAGGCUCCAGGUGACGGUCAUGCUUUUCUUCCAUCUCGAGAAGGGCACCUACGUGCUGGUGCAUGGCGACGACUUCGUGACAGCGUCCACCUACGUCAACCUGCCGCGGCUCAACGGGGCCCUGGAAGAAAACAUCGAAGCGAAGAGGUAUCCCUUCGUCGGGCCCUCGGAGGCUGGGGGCGAGGCGAAAUCCGGCACGCUCCUGAAGCGGGCGCUGAGCUUGACGGAGGAAGGCUUCCACGGUGAGAGCGACGUGAAGUACGCAGUCGUCGUGGCGGAGGCGCAUCCGAAGCUGGCGGGAGAAGCUGGAUCAUGCGAGCCGAUGGAGAUCCACGAGCUGGAGCUCAAGCAGCUGGCAACGUACCUGGCGACGUACCCGCAGAUGACUUGGCAUUUCGAGUGCCAGGAGAUGCCGACGGAGAUCACGAUCGCGACCGACGUCGACUGGGCUGGAGACGACGUGACGAGGCGAAGCCGCGGUGGAGGUUUCGAGUGCAUAGGCAUGGCGUGCAUCGAGAGCUGGGCAGGACAGCAAGCGUCGAAGGCACUGAGCAGCGGAGAAGCUGAGCACGUGGAGGUGACGAACGGAGCGGCCAGGGGCAUCUUCACGAAGAACCUGCUCAAGGAGAUUAUGGUAGAGAUGGCGGUGACGGUGGCUGGCGACAACGCGGCGGCGAUCGGGAUUUGCUCGAGGCUCGGCGCCGGUCGCGUCAGGCACCUGGAUGUGAAGUCCCCGUGA